UAAUAACGAUACUGCUCGCCGCCCUGCGGCAGCGCCGUCGUGCUGUUUUUGUGCAUUGAAUACUCGUAGAAAUUGUGUAUGCAACUUACACAUAGCUACACCAGGAUUACAAACAAGCUUUCUGCUGGGCCUUGGCAAACCGUGCAUCCGGUUCGGUCCCGCCUCGUCGGUGCGUAGGGCAACGCCAGGUGGCCCGUGCGAACGCAGCACCUGAGAGGCUGUAGGCAGUGUGGGACUGUCACAAACAGGCUAUAGCAGUUCAGUUGCCGACACAGCCGGACCGCCACGCCGGCGGGAGGGACACCCCCCCAGGCCGUCGCCGCCCCGGGCGGGCGGCGACCCUAGCAGGUCACGAAGCGAUUCCUAGCAGCAAACCCUAGCAGUCCCAGCCUGGCGCCAUCAUGACAGCGGCGGCGGAGGGCGGGGCGAAGGAGGCGGGCAAGGACGCGGAGCCCAUGCAGGUGGACGGGGCAGAUGGCCCCGGCCCUGAUGGCAUGGAGGCGGUCGGCGGGGAUGAGGCUCUGGCAGAGGCUCUGUACGGCGACCCCACACGCCUCACAGAGCCCAUUAAGACUGUGAAUGACAAGUUCGCGCUGCUGCCUGCGUUCCUCAAGGUCCGCGGCCUGGUGAAGCAGCACCUGGACUCGUUCAACUACCUGCUCAACAGCGAGUUGCGCAAGAUUGUGGCGGCCAACGAGAAGGUCACGUGCGACACAGACCCCAACUUCUAUCUCAAGUACACCAACAUCUACGUGGGCGGGCCCAGUGUGGACGAAGACAUGGUGCAGGUGGGCACCACGCCGCAGCAGUGCCGGCUGCGUGACGCCACCUACUCGGCGCCCAUCACUGUGGACAUCGAGUACACGCGCGGCAAGGAGAUCGUGGUCAAGCGCGGCCGCGGCGGCGUGGGCGCGGUCAGCAUCGGCCGCAUGCCGCUCAUGCUGCGCUGCGACAGGUGUGUGCUGUACAACAAAAAUGAGGCACAGCUGGCGCAGCUGGGCGAGUGCCCGCUGGACCCGGGCGGAUACUUCAUCGUGCGCGGCACGGAGAAGGUGAUUCUGAUCCAGGAGCAGCUGAGCAAGAACCGCAUCAUCAUCGACACCGACAGCCACAAUGAGGUGAUGGCGUCCGUGACCUCCUCCACGCACGAGCGCAAGUCCAAGACCAACAUCGUGUUCAGCAAGGGCAAGAUCUACCUCAAGCACAACGCCUUCCAGGACGACGUCAACAUCUUCGUGGUGCUCAAAGCCAUGGGCUGCGAGAGCGACCAGGAGGCGGUGCAGGCGGUGGUGGGAGGCGGCUUCGGAGCCAAGCUGGUGCCGGCGCCGGCAGGCGCCGCGGGCGCCGCAGGCGGCGGCGGCAAGGGCUCGGUGAUCGCGCCGGACGCGGCCAGUGGCGAGGGCGCGGCGGCUCUGGCGGCGCUGCUGGUGCCCAGUGUGCAAGAGGCCAAGGGGCUGGGCGUGUUCACGCAGAUGCAGGCGCUGGACUACCUGGGCGGCAAGCUCAAGGCCAGCCCCAAGUUCGGCGGUGGCGACCAGAAGCGGCGCAAGAGCAAGGUGGACGAGGCGCGCGAUGUGCUGGCGCACGUGGUGCUGUGCCACGUGCCGGUGCCGCGCUACCAGUUCGCGCAGAAGAUCGCCUACGUGGCGGUGAUGGUGCGGCGCAUGCUGUACGCCGUGCUGGACCCGGCCUGCAUCGACGACCGCGACUACUACGGCAACAAGCGCCUGGAGCUGGCGGGCGGCCUGCUGUCUCUGCUGUUUGAGGACCUGUUCAAGCGCCUCAACAGCGACAUCAAGCGCCAGGCCGACGCCGUGCUCAGCAAGGCCAACCGGGCCACGCAGUUUGACGUGGCCAAGGCCAUCCGCACCGACACCAUCACCUACGGCCUGGAGUCGGCGCUCAGCAGCGGCAACUGGAUCAUCCGCCGUUUCCGCAUGGAGCGCAAGGGAGUCACGCAGGUGCUGAGCCGGCUGUCGUUCAUCGCGGCCAUGGGCAUGAUGACGCGCAUGACGUCGCAGUUCGAGAAGACGCGCAAGGUGUCUGGCCCUCGCGCGCUGCACCCGAGCCAGUGGGGCAUGCUGUGCCCCGCCGACACGCCCGAGGGCGAGUCGUGCGGCCUGGUCAAGAACCUGGCGCUCAUGACGCACGUCACCACGGACGAGGAGGAGGGGCCGCUGAUCCGGCUGCUGGUGAUGCUGGGCACGGAGCCCAUCACCGCCAUCGCGCCCGCGGAGAUGCACGGGCACGGCGGCGCGCUGGUAUUCCUGAACGGCACGUUGGUGGGAGUGCACCGCCGGCCGCACAGGCUGGUCCGGGAGGCCAGGGAGCUGCGGCGCGCUGGGCACCUGGGCGAGUUCGUGCACGUGCACCUGCAGGGUGACGCCUGCUACAUCUCCUGCGACGGCGGCCGCGUGUGCCGCCCGCUCAUCAUCUGUGACGCCGGAGUGCCGCGGGUGCGCCAGGAGCACAUCACCAAGCUGCGAAGCGGCGAGUGGGGCUUCCCGGACUUCCUGGCGCGGGGCCUGCUGGAGUACCUGGACGUGAACGAGGAGAACGUCAGCCUCAUCGCGCUGUACGAGAAGGACUGCAACAAGCUCACGACGCACCUGGAGAUCGAGCCUUUUACGAUCAUGGGCGUGGUGUCGGGCCUCAUCCCCUUCCCCCACCACAACCAGUCGCCGCGCAACACCUACCAGUGCGCCAUGGGCAAGCAGGCCAUGGGCAACAUCGCCUACAACCAGAUGAGCCGCAUGGACAGCCUGCUGUACCUGCUGGUGUACCCGCAGCGGCCGCUGCUCACCUCCAGGACCAUCGAGCUGGUGGGCUUCGACAAGCUGGGUGCGGGCCAGAACGCCUCGGUGGCGGUGAUGAGCUACAGCGGGUACGACAUUGAGGACGCCAUCGUGAUGAACAAGUACAGCCUGGACCGCGGCUUCGGCCGCUGCAUCGUGCUCAAGAAGUACGGAGCCAGCCUGCGCAAGUACGCCAACCGCGCCUCCGACCGCAUCGUGGCGCCGCUGCCGCUGCCCGGCCAGAAGGCGGUGGCGCCGCGCUUCCGGCUGCUGGACCGGGACGGCAUCGCCUGCGUGGGCGACUACAUCCUGCCGGGCGACGUGUACAUCAACAUGCAGCGGCCCAGCAACACGCGCGACCCGCUGCCAGCAGCCAACAUGCCCGACGCCUUCUACAGGCCCAGCCCCAUGUCUUGGAAGUCCACCCCCGCCAUGGCCGGCGAGCGCUGCAUCGUGGACAAGGUGCAGAUCACCGCCAACGACGAGUCCCACUACUCCAUCAAGGUGCUGAUCCGGCACACGCGGCGGCCCGAGCUGGGCGACAAGUUCAGCAGUCGGCACGGGCAGAAGGGCGUGGUGGGCAACAUCGUGCGGCAGGAGGACUUCCCCUUCAGCGAGCGCGGCGUGUGCCCCGACCUCAUCAUGAACCCGCACGGCUUCCCCUCGCGCAUGACGGUGGGCAAGAUGAUUGAGCUGCUGGGCUCCAAGGCGGCGGUCAGCUGCGGCCGCUUCCACUACGGCACCGCCUUCGGAGAGCCGUCCAACCUGGCCGACAAGGUCGAGGACAUCAGCGCCACGCUGGUGCGCCACGGCUUCAGCUACAGCGGCAAGGACUUCCUGACCAGCGGCAUCACGGGCGAGCCGCUGGAGGCCUACAUCUUCAUGGGGCCCGUCUACUACCAGAAGCUCAAGCACAUGGUGCUGGACAAGAUGCACGCAAGAGCGCGCGGCCCGCGUGUGGUGCUCACGCGCCAGCCCACGGAGGGCCGCUCGCGCGACGGCGGGCUGCGGCUGGGCGAGAUGGAGCGCGACUGCCUCAUCGCGUACGGCGCCUCCAUGCUGCUGCUGGAGCGGCUCAUGAUCAGCUCCGACCAGUUCGAGGUGCACGUGGACGCGCGCAGCGGCCUGCUGGGCUGGUGGGACGCGCACCGCAACUGCCCGGUGAGCCCCGUGGACCGCACCAGCGACAACAUGGCCACCAUCAAGAUCCCCUACGCCUGCAAGCUGCUGUUCCAGGAGCUGCAGUCCAUGAACAUCAUCCCGCGGCUGCGGCUGGCGGACCUGUAGGGGUGGGGGCGGAGUUGUUCCUGAAGGUGGGGACCGGUAGGCGUGUGGUGGGUGAGUGGGGGGAGAGGGGUUUGGGGGGGCGUGUGAGGCGGGGGAGGUGAAGGCAGGACUGGAGGUGUGGCUGCAGGGAUAGCCUCUCUGGGGUAGCCUAACUGGGGUAGCCUGUGGGCAGCGAAGCGGUAUAGGAUCAAGCAUGGGAGGCUGUCGCUAGGCCUGGGUGGGGUUGAGCAUGCGAGGAGGAGUGUGUGAACACGUGUGCGGGCAGAGACCAGGCAGUUGCAGAGUAGGAACAGGAGCAGGUGGUGCAGAAGGUAGCAGUAGGCGAAUGGCAGUCCAAGAUUGCGCGGGAGAAGUGGAUGACUGCAAAGAUGAACGGGCUGGUUUGCUGGGCCUGACUGGGCGAGUGGGGUCACAAGGGCGCCGGGUGUCGUAGGCGCACAGCAGGUGGUAGCGCGCUGGUUGUGCACCAGCGGUAGACGACCGGCUUGGCGUCAUGCUGCGUGGGUCGGCGGAGAAGUGGAUGUGGCAGGUGGGUCGGACGAGAUGUGAGGCCACGACCGGCAGGCGGCAGCACGAGGCAAGCGCUGAAUGAGGGCAGAGGGCUGAACUCUCGAGUCUACGGCACAUUAGUGCGGGUCUGGAGUAACUGUGCGAUGGGGCAAUGGUUGCAGGUUGGUGAAGUCCCGUAAGAUCGAGAGAAUUAUUCGCCAAAGGCGGUGAAGUGGCUUAUGGCCUGGCAUCUUGGCAAGUGGCUGCUGAUUCGCGGGAGCGUCGUUUGGAUUGGGGGCUGCGGCCUGUGCGCCUGUUAUCGAGGUCCUUC